AUGUCGACCAACGGAGAUGAAAACAACCAGCUUGAAGCGGCAAGCCUUCUUGGAUCAAAUUUUAUCGACGAUCAAGAGGUCAAAAUUAAGGAAGAGCCCUUGGAGGAAGAGACUGGAGUUGAUCCAUCCAUUCCCCUUUAUGAAUCGGCCCUUCGUCUGGAUCUUGAGAGCCAAGCUUCGCGGUACCGUUCCAAUUCGCCAGCUCUGUCCAUUCGACUCAGAAGACCUGAAAGACCUGCGUCCGAAAUGCAUGCAUUCACGGCAGCUGGUGUAGACGCUUUGACUGAUAACCGGCUUCUACAAGGGCGGCUCAACAGGCUGUUGUAUACACCGCAUUCAGAAGAUGAGUUCCCUGAUGAUGAGUUAUCUCAUACUUCAGAAUCUCAAUUGAAUGGGCGCGUUCACAACCCUGGCUAUAGCCAGCCCGAUGCUCCUUAUUCAGAAACUCACUAUCAGCAACUUGAGUCUUACCCACCUCAAAUGUCUGGGUAUCCUCAAAAUCCAUUUUCGCCAGAGUAUCCUCAUCAGUUGGAUGGUUCGCUUGAUCCGCAGUUUCCACAAACACCUUUCGUUGAUGAUCUAGAUGAUAUAAUAGAAGUUGACUCGACUAUGUUCAACUCUACGGUUCCUUCCGAAGACUUCUCCGCUAGUCCGACGCCAACUCUUCAACAAGAAGUUUUAUUCGAGAACCGAGCACCCUCUACACCACGUGCAAGUCGUCAAACAAUACGAGAGUCGGCAAAGUCUAGGGCCAAUAGAAAUAGUGUUGGGGGUCAAAGAAAUCGUGCCAGGCGUGCAGAAGAUUUUGCUCCUCCCCCUGGUGCGAUGACUGCUGCCGACGUUAUGACUGUACACGAGAACAACGUCCGUCGUAGAAAUAAGCGGUACAAGAGGGCCGGCAUCAAACAACGACCUCUCGACGACAUCGAACAGGAUGUUGUCAACACACUUAACGAACUCGGUGUCCCGAUCGAUGCUAACGACAUGUAUCUCCAGGAGGUAUAUUCGCAUAGAGAUACGACGCUCGAUGGAAGUCUGAACGAAUCCGCAGACAGCACGAUCGAUACUAUGGAUACUGAUGAGACAGUAGUCCCACCUCCUUCUGGUCUUCCCGAGGAACCUGAUUUUCCAACAAGUGCUCGUUGGCGAGAGCGUGGCCCUGACGGUCAAGCAAGAGCGAGAUGGGCAUCUGCCCGAUGGAGGGCAAAGAAAAAGGUUCAGGCAACGGAAGCCUGGAGAAAUGCAACAAAAGAGGAAAGAAGAGCGAUGGAAACCAAAGUAAAAGAUGCUCUUGUGUUCAUUGCAGACCCCAUUCCGGUCGGACCUGUACCACUAAAAUCUCUUGCACCAUGGUUGCGAUCAGAAAGAGCCAUUCUUUUACAAGAAGUGACCGACAACAAUAAAAGAAUCCAGCUUUUGAGCAAGAGAUUAGAUACAGUGGCUGAUGCCUACAACCGGCGUAUUCAAUACAAAACACAGAAAGCGGGAGAGCUUUGUGUUGCUCCUGGUAACGGUGAAUCUCGAAAGAAUUCACGGUUAACAAAAGACCGCACUCCACCACACAGGACAGCAGAGACGAUCCUGUCAAAUUUGAAAAAGUGGUCGGAGUUGGGGGAUAUUUGUCUCUGCCGACAACAUCAGCGGUAUCUUGUUGGGGAUUUUGAACGAAGUGGAGAUUUCCCCCAUGGCCACGGGGUUAAGGAAUGCAUACCCAAGGACCGCAAGGAUGAUGACUGCGACUGUCAUGAUCAUCUUCGAGAUUUCAAUGGGGAGUUCCCGCCAGGACAUACGAAGACUCGUUGUAGUCAUCUCCUCAUUGGAUCCAACAAGUGA